UCCACAACUAAAACGAGACUGAAACUACAAGGAACCUUUUAUUCGUGGGGAACAAAAAAAAUUCAAAAAAUCAAUGGCGGGUGCACACGGUGCCACCAUGGCCGCCGCCGCCGCCAUAUCUUCUUCCUCCGUCCCACCGACCACCUCAGCAACUCCAAUCCCCGGAAAAUCGCUCGUCUUACUUUCUUCUCUUCCCUCGUCGUUUCCAUCACGACGAAGAAGAACUAACCAUCUCCGAAAGAAAAUCCUCAAAACCCUAGAAAACAAGCCUUAUCCAGACAUUUCCAAUCCCGAAUUUCCCCGCAAAACCCCACCAAUUAUCAUAGAAGAAACUGUGCAGCAACAGACUACUGAAACUGACCAGCUUUCUCUCUCCCAAACCACUGGAUUCAUCGAUGGCAUUGCUGGUGAGUUUUCAACUAGGUCAUUUGUUAAAAUCGGAUUGUAUUUAGUUGGGGCUUUUGUUUUUCAAACGAUCUGCGCCGCGUUGAUAUUUGGAUGGAAUGAUUUAGAGGGUGAAGAUCGAAACUUGAAUAGUGAUGAGUACAAGAAACCUAGGGCUUUAGAUUCAAAAGAGAAUCCGAAUUUAAUGGAAACCAAAGAGGGUGGAAUACUAUUAGUUGAUAAAUCUGAAAUGGAUAACAGAAUUGUAGAAAUUCAAGAAAUGGCAAGGGAAGCCCGACAACAAGAAAGGGUUGAAGCAAAGAGAAAAGGGUUGGUGGAAGAAGAAGAAGAAGAUGAUGAUGAUAUUGAUAUCGAUCAUGAUUUGAUUGAUAAAUCUUUGAAGGAGAAAGAGGUGGAUAAUCGAUUAAUGAAGUUAAGAAAAAGUUUAGAAGGUAAUUAUGAAAAGUUGCCCCCUAAGUUUCCAAUAAAAGAAGAUUCAGCUCCAUUGAUGUUCAAAAAGAAGUAUAAAUAUAAAAGUCCAUCAAUUGAUUCAGGGGAAAAGCCAAAAGGAUUUGAUAACACUAAAGAUCUUCAUGUUGUUAAUGGUGAAUUUAUCAAUAAAGAUCAAGAACAAGUAGAUGAAUCUAUUCCCAUUAUAGAGCCUAUAAAUAAGUUGGUGAAUGGAAGUGAAAAAACAAAACAAAGAGCAACUAAGACUGAAUCAAUAAAAGGUGCUUCAAAGGAGAUAAGGAAACCUCGAGGCUUUGGUCAAGAAAGUCAAAGUAAUACUUCAAUAUCUUCCAAGAAUGAUGAUUCUUAUAGUAAUGGAAGUUUAAAGGGCAAAAAAGGUAGAAACAGGAAAUCUGGGGGAGAUUUUGGGGAUAUGAAAAUUAGUUCCAAGAUUGACUUUUGGUGGACUAGUCUCCCUUAUGUUCUGGCUAUCUUAAUGCAAAGAGGGGGGAAAAGUGAAGAAUCUGAAGGAUUAUUUACUUUAAGGAGUAAUUUUAAAAGUAAGAGUGGAUUAUCACACACUGUUGCUUUUGAAGAUCGAGGUGAUGCCACAAAUUUCUGUUAUCUUUUGGAAUCUUUUUUCCAAGAUUUAGAAGAUUUCACCACUAAUAUCAUACCAAUUCCAACAAAUGAGCUUGAAGAUGCAGUUAAAUCAGAGAUUAUGAAAGUAGUUGUGGUGAAAAAAGGUCAACUUGAGCUCUAUGUUGGUCAACCACUUACAGAUGUUGAGUCAGCUUUACGCACAUUAAUUCAACAACAAACCGAAUGAUUUUUUAUUUAAUUUUUAUUCUGUUUUUAAGAUUUAGGAAGAUUGUUCAUUGAAAUGCCAUUUGUGAGCUAUUUAUGUUCUGUAUUUUUCAAGAGUUAGGUAGAGUUUGUUUAUUAAAAUUUGUAAUCUGUAAUCUUUUUUUACACUGUAGGAACUUUUUUUUUUAAUUAAGAAUAGUAAUAGAUUGUAGAA